AUGGCCCCAAAGCACAACUCUCGAGACGUGGCCCAACAAGCGGCAUCAAACGGCUCUGCUCGGCAGCAGGUCGUCUGGGCCUUGUUCGCAACGGCCACCGCAGGCCUGUCGUCGUACUACUACUCGCUCACUCAGGCCACGUCUCUCAGGACUUCUCUGCCGGCAUCUUAUGCUCUCUGUGCCCACGAGACAGGCAAGGUGCAUACCGUCGAUAGCGCCGCACCCGCAGUAGAUUGUGUCGUGGUCGACAAGGCUAGAGUCACUGCUACAGGCUCCCUGGCGGACGUUCAGACGUGGUGGGACGACUAUCAAAACGAGCUCAUCUUCAAGUUCUACGGGAACGAGCCCAAGGCCAAAAAGCCUCUUCCCGUCUUCACCGCCCCGCCCAACGCCAUCAUCGUCCCCGGCCUGACCGAUGCGCACGCGCACCUCAUCGAGUACGGCUUCAAAGUGCAGCUGCGCCUCGACCAGGUCCGCAGCAUUUCCGCGCUCCUCGACGUCCUCGAAGCCUACGCGGACCUCGGUUCCCGCCCAGCGCUCGCUGGCCUCCCAAUCGCGCUCCACCGCGUCGACGUGCACGCGCUCUGGCUCUCCCCUCGCGCGCUCGCGCUCACCCGCACGCACCUCGGCGGCUCGUUCCCCGCCUCCGUGCCCGGCGGCCAGAUCGUGCGCGGGGACGACGGGGAGCCCACGGGCGUGUUCCUCGACGCCGCGCAGGAGCUCGUCCCCGUCCCGAAGUGGUCGGCGCAAAAAAAGGCCGAGUACGCGGCGCGCGUCGUGCGCGACGCCGUCGCCGUCGGGCUCACGAGCGUGCACGACGCGUCGAUGGAGAUGGAGACGCUCGAGCUGUUCAAGAGCAUGAACGCCGAGGGAAAGCUGCCUAUCCGCGUGUACGCCAUGGCCGACACGGACCGCAUGUCUCCCGACGAGGCCGAGCACCUGGAGAUCUACGACCCCGACCCUGCCGCACGCGUGCGCAUGCGCAGCGUGAAGCUCUUCACGGACGGUGCUCUGGGCUCCUGGGGCGCAGCACUGUUGACGCCCUACUCUGACAAGCCCGGAGAGACGGGGAUCAUGCGCUUCCCUGAGGCCGAGUACGCAAAGAUGGUGCGAACCUGGUGGGAGCGAGGUUGGGGGAUCAACACGCACGCCAUCGGAGACCGCGCCAACAAGGCCGUACUCGACACGUUUGAAGAGCUGCUCAAGACCUCAGACGACAAGGAAGCGGUAGCAAGGAGGAGACCCCGCAUUGAGCACGCGCAGAUCAUGCGCGUAGAAGACCUUCACCGCGCCGGCGAACUGGGAGUUCUGACUAGCGUACAACCAACUCACGCAACGAGCGACAUGUGGUACGCAGAGAAACGGCUUGUAUGCACUUCUUUCUCGUGGGAUGUUACAUGGCCCGAGCGUAUCCUCCUCCUCAAGGCCUCGCCGAACGGCAUUCUCCCGCUCGGCUCUGAUUUCCCGGUGGAGGACAUCAACCCCUUACUCGGCUUCUACGCUGCGGUGUCUAGACUGGAUGUCGAGGGCAAGAGCCCCCACGGCGAAGACGGAUGGUACUCCAGCGAGCGACUGACUCGUUCACAGGCCUUGAAGGGCAUGACGCUCGACGCCGCAUAUGCCGCAUUCGCGGAAGAUACCCUUGGGUCGCUGUCCGCCGGGAAGCGUGCCGACUAUGUGGUUCUUGACCGCAACAUCAUGGAUGAGGAGGGUGCUUUCAGCGAGAUCCUGGAGACGAAGGUGCUUGCGACCGUGGUGGAUGGGCAGAUCGUGUACGGGGGCAUUUAA